AGUGCGAUUUGCACAACGUUUUUAUUAGCCUAUUUAUUCGUCAGUAGAUUCUAUGUUAUCCAACACUAAGCAGGACUGACAUUUUUCUACUAGCAGCCUUAAUUCUCUCCCUAUAUACCAAGCUUUGUGAUUUCCGGACAUGGGGGCAGAAGAUGGUGGCAAGGACCACCUGUUUCUCAACCCGAAAAAGGGGGGAUUUCGAGCUGCCUCCUUUGUUUUCGGGUUAACGUCAUUGGACACUACGGCGUUUAUAGUAUGUAUAGUAACAAUGUUCCUAUACUUCAUGAGAGUGAUGUACUUUGACCUCGCGGGUGCUGCAAACACCAUGACAAACUUCAUGGGUUCCUCGUUCUUGCUCUCUCUUGUUGGUGGCUUUAUCUCAGACACCUAUAUCAACAGAUUCUAUACUUGUCUCAUCUUUGGCUGCGUCGAAGUUCUGGCUUUUGCAUUGAUGACAGUUCAAGCGAAUCUUAAAUCCUUGCAUCCCAGCAAUUGCAGAACGACAAAUUGUGUGGAGUUAGGCAAUUGCAAAAGAUCAAGUUGCCUAGAAGGCAGCAUUGCGUUCAUGUUCUAUGUCUCGCUUUGUUUACUAGCACUGGGCAGUGGCGGUGUCAGGGGUUCCCUUCCUUCUCUUGGAGCCGACCAAUUUGAUAGUAAUGAUCCAAAGGAAGCCAAGCUUCUCGGAAGAUACUUUAAUUGGCUUUUGCUCAGCACAACAAGUGGUUCUAUAAUUGGUGUUACUGUGAUCGUGAAAAUUAGCUUGACAUAUGGAUGGUGGUGGGGCUUUUUCUUGUCUACAUUACUUUGUUUUAUUGGUUUUAGUGUUCUUUCCCUUGGGGCUUCAUUCUAUCGUCUGCAAAUUCCUGGAGAUAGUCCCAUAAUACAAGUUCUGCGGGUUUUGGUAGCAGCAUUUAGGAACCGGAAAUUGUCACUUUCUGAGAAUGCUGAUGAACUAUACGAGUCCAAGGAAGAAGCAACACUUGCGCCAAAACUUUCACACACCAAUCAAUUCAGUUGGUUGGACAAAGCUGCAAUAUACCGCGCAGAAGGCACAACACCAUGGACACUCUGUACAGUGACUCAAGUCGAGGAAGUAAAGAUUCUAACAAGAAUGAUGCCCAUUUUAUUCAGCACAAUAAUAAUGAACACAUGUCUGGCUCAACUCCAGACCUUCUCACUUGCACAAGGUAACAUAAUGGACCUACGCUUAGGCUCAUACAAGUUCCCAGCAGCUUCAAUUCCCGUCAUCCCUCUGCUUUUCAUAAGCAUUCUCCUCCCCUUUUACGAAUUCAUCUUUGUUCCAUUUGCCCGAAAAAUCUCUGGCCAUCCCUCAGGAAUCACCCAACUCCAACGCGUUGGAGUUGGCCUUGUUCUUUCCGCGGUCUCAAUGGCUGUUGCAGGUUUGGUUGAAGUUAAACGACGAAACCAGUCCCUCCUAGAUCCUAAAAAUCCCAUCAGCCUUUUCUGGCUCUCUUUCCAGUAUGGCAUUUUUGGUAUUGCAGACAUGUUCACAUUUGUUGGAUUGCUUGAAUUUUUCUAUAGGGAGGCUCCGGUUGGGAUGAGAUCACUGUCAACUUCAUUUACAUAUAUCUCGUUGUCUUUCGGAUACUAUCUGAGCAGUGUUUUUGUAGAUAUCAUAAAUUCAGUUACUGAGAAAAUAACUCCAAGCAAACUCGGGUGGCUGCAUGGCCUAGACUUGAACAAGAACAAUCUGAAUCUGUUUUACUGGUUUUUAGCCAUUCUUAGUUGCAUAAAUUUUCUCAACUAUCUGUAUUGGGCUACAUGGUACAAGUACAAAGUUGAAGAAACUGAUGCAAAAGCAGCCAUUGAUGUGGAUAGUUCCAAAGGCCAAGAUGAUGUAGGCAAACUCAAAGUUGAAGCUCAAGAAGAAUUUGCAAAGACUAAAAAUGAGAGCCAAGAUCCCAGGACUACAAGUGAAGCCGAGAAGGAUGGAUCCAGUCACACAAAUGGAGGCCAAGAAGAUGCAUCAAAGCUUAAAAAUGAAGAACGCGAUGGUUUAGAAACCACAAAGGAAGCAACUAGCGUUGGCUUGUAAGAAUUGUAGAGAUUGGUCCAUAAUAUCUGAUUAUACUGUUGUUAAACCCUGUUUAUCAUGUUGUUGCAUAAUGAAUUUUGAUUAUUAGUAA